AUGGGUAAAUGUAUCUUGGCACUAACAGAGUAUGACUUGAAGUAUGAGUCGCCCAAGGCAGUAAAAGGACAAGUGAUGGCCGACUUCAUAGUCGAACACCACAAGGAAGCCGAUUACAUCGAGGUCGCACCUUGGACAGUAUUCUUCGACGGAUUGGUCUGCAGGCACGGAUGUGGCAUGAGCCUGAUGAUAAUCUCGCCUCGGGGGGCAUGUUUUGAGUUCGCGUACACAAUCAAGCCGUAUCGGACCAAUAAUCAGGCCGAGUACGAAGCACUGAUCAAAGGGCUGGAGCUGCUAAAAGAAAUAGGUGUCGAGGCAAUCGAAAUCAUGGGAGAUUCCCAUUUGGUAAUCAAACAGCUGUCGGGGGAAUACAAGUGCAGAGAGGAUGUCCUCAAAACCUACCAUGAAGCAGCCAAGGAACUACUAGAGGACUUCGAGCAAAUCACAUUGACCGAUAUUCCUCGAGAACAGAACACUGAAGCGAACUCCCUCGCCCAAGGGGCGUCGGGUUAUCGGUAG